AUGCUCCAGCGAGCGCUGAGACACCUGGACCGGCUACACCGGACAACUGAUGCCAGGGCCCUCCUAGAACGGCUUCGCAGCCUACCAUCUUCACGGAUGGGAGGGCUCUGCCUUCUCUACGAGCAGAUGGUCACUCACCCACCAGUGGCGGUUGCCUCACCACCACCACACCACCGGUCACCAGAGGUCCACCUCUCCCUCGAUGGGGCUACAAUGCGCCGGACACUUGUGGCCACUCUCCAGCAGGCAGCAUCCUGCAAACUCCAGGAGCAACUGGAGGGUUGGUUGCAGGUGUUCACCGCCGGAUCUGUGACGCCGGAUGGGUCAGAAACAGCGGCGUGCGUCAUCCCUGCCAGAGCCAUCAGCAGGCAAUGCUGUCUUCCGUUCUCAGCGAGUUCGACAGUGGUGGAACUGGCGGGGCUUCACCUGGCUGCUGACCUCCUGGCUGAGGACCCAUCUGCACAGCCGGUCGCUGUGCUAUGCGACAGUAAACCGGCGCUGCAGUCACUUUCCAACUGCCAUCGAGUUAGACUGACGGGGUCCCUCUUGGCCGCGAAGUUCUCGGCACUCGCCUCCUCCGGAGUGUCUGUCUCCUUUCACUGGCUACCCUCCCACGAUCAAAUGAUGGCAUCUCGCCCACCGGUUUUCGACGAGACGGUGAGCAGCUGGAGCACGUACAGGAUACGGCUGGAAGCUUAUUUUGAAGGCAAUGGAAUUACUGACGCGGCCAAACGCCGAGCUCUGCUGGUGUCUUCAUUGAGCGAUAAUGUCGUGCGCAUGUUGCAAGGGCGCCUUUCAACCGUGUCGGUUAACAGCCAGACCUACGAUGAAGUCGUUGAAUACCUCGAGGAACACUACAAUCCUCAAGUUAAUGAAAUUGCGGCGAGUUUUUCAUUCUUCAUGCGUAAGCAACGGGAUGGAGAGAGCGUUCGGGAAUACAUUGCCGACCUUCGGAGACUGGCGGAAAGUUGCAACUUCGGCAACUCGCUGCACCGUAUGCUGCGAGACCGCAUAGUAUGCGGAAUCAGGGACGACGACGCACGACGCUGCCUAUUAACACGGAAGAAGCUAACUUUUGAGGAGGCAGAAGAAUUUGCCAUAGCUUCAGAGAAGGCGCUAGGCGACGUCCGUGACAUGCGAGAAGCAGACCCAGUGACCACGGGAACCAGCAUCAAUGUGGUACAGUCGCAGCGAGGACGACGACCCUGGACGAAGUGGAACACUGCAAAGAACAACCAUUCAUGUGAGCGUUGUGGCGGUCCCCACGCGACACACACGUGCCGCCAUCGAAACACCAAGUGUCACCUUUGCGGCAGGAAAGGUCAUCUGGCAAAGGUUUGCAGCAGUGGCCGCUCUCGGGAACGUGGUGCCUUUGCCGUCGAGGAAAUGGAAGGUGAGAGCGGAGAAGAAAUGUUGCUGGCUCUUGUCGCUCACAGCUCCGCCGACAGAGCUACGUUGAAGCCUCUCGAGGAGGAGUUGACAUGGCAGGGCCGGAAAUUGCGAAUGAUUCUGGACACGGGUUCUCCGGUCAGCGUCAUACCGAAGAACAUAUUUAAGAAACAUCGCAGAUGGUGGCCAUCGCUGCAAAAAACAUCGCUGCGCUUGACAUGCUUCCUCGGGCCAUUGCCAGUUGUCGGCCAGAUAACCAUGAGGGUUCAGUCUGGAUCGACGGUUGUGACCAGCACGCUAAUCGUGGUGGCAUGUAACGGACCACUGCUCUGCGGCCGGAACACGAUAGAGUCCUUCCGUAAGGCGGGUGUGUCCUUCUGGGACACUGGAACCACCUCAAGUGUAAAUGUUGUUCGUGAUAACAGGAUGGCGCCUCUGCUCGAUGAAUUUUCCGAUCUUUUCGAGAACAAGCUUGGCUGUUGCAAGGGCCCCCCUGUUCAAUUACACCUUAAAGAAGGAGUCCGCCCACGUUUCUGUAAGGCACGUACAGUGCCUUAUGCCAUGCGCUCCAAGGUUUCAGCCGAGAUCGACCGUCUUGUACAAGACGGAGUGCUUUCGUCGAUAAGCAUUUCAGAUUGGGCAACACCGGUAGUGCCGGUAGCAAAAAAGAACGGCGAUAUACGAUUGUGCGGCGAUUUCAAAUUGACAGUCAACCCGGCGUCGCACUUGGAACAGUAUCCCCUGCCCAAAGUUGAAGACAUAUUUGCGGCGCUUUCUGGAGGCGAAGUCUUCAGCACUCUGGACCUGCGCAACGCGUACAAUCAGCUGCCGCUGGACGACGAAGCUAGAAAGAUCGCGGUACUCAACACACACCGGGGCCUUUACUGCUACAAUCGCCUAGCAUUUGGAAUUGCUUCAGCCCCCGCCUUGUUCCAGCGACGCAUGGAAUCGAUUUUGCAAGGUUUGCCGAAUGUUCAAGUGUACCUCGACGACAUCAUUGUGGCGGAGAAGGAAAACGACACAUCUGUACUGCGGCAGGUGUUUCAGCGGCUUCGUGAACACAACUUGAAGUUGAACAAAGCCAAGUGCCGGUUUAGGGAAGCACAAGUGUCGUUUCUGGCGCACCGCAUCGAUGCCAAAGGUCUGCAUCCUCUGCAAGAUAAUCUCGAGGCGGUACUGGCCGCGCCGAAGCCAACAUCGUGCUGUCCCACCGCAUCAAGGGCGAAGACUAUCCCAUAG